AUGUGUUAUUAUCACCAUCAUCAUCCCUACAGAUACGUCCCAGUGUUGGCACUGAUAACGCUCUGGUCGGUGGUGGUUUCCGCUUACGUCUAUCAGUGUGAGCCGGGUACCGAUCCAACGGUUUGCCGCAUCUGGAACAUGCAAUACGAUGAGGAGGUAGCAGCCAAACAUCCCGACAGAGUCCCGAUUGCCAAUUUGUCGUCCACCGUACGCACCGUACACUUACUGUAUUUUCGGUACUACUUUAAACGCUACAACCAAUUGAAGCAUUACGAUUCGACGCUACACGGCACUGUGCUGCGCAAUCCGCUCAAUGUACAGAUUCACGAAACUCGGCUGGAACGCCUGUUUAUGCCAACCAAUCUGCAAAUGGGUAUUUUUACGGACAACAUCAUUACGGUGGUCGUUACCGAUCCGACCCAAACGUACGAUGUGCGCUAUUUAGACCUGGCGGACAACCGCCUCUCCAAUGUGGCGAAUCUUUCCGCGCUGACGCGAUUAGAAACACUCAAUCUCGAAGCUAAUCGGCUGAGAACGCUCGAGCCGGAUAUGUUCAAACGCAUGGACAACUUGACGCAUCUCUACCUGGGCGAUAAUCACUUCUCCUCCAUUGAUUUUAAAACGCUUCCCAAAGGUUUGCAGGUGCUGUGGGUGACGCGCAACAGCCUUAACAAGCUGAACCUGGCCGGUUUCAUACUUGCCGAAAUGAAAGAACUCGAUCUGGAGUCAAACAUGUUGACAACACUAGAUCUAGCGGCACUCUUUACGGCCUUCCCCGCACUGGAGACACUGCCGAUCGCUUACAACAUGAUCGGGAAGAGCGAAGGGAAACGGAUCCUCACCGAACUCAAGCGGCGCAAUGUGACCUACUUCAUCGGCAUGAAACGCGAUGAUUUGGAUUGUGAUUACGACGAGAUUCGCGUGGACGAUAUAUGCUUUAACGAAGCGUCCAUCAGUGAUAACUCAAUAUGGAAGGGAAUUGUCCUUUUAGUGGUAGCCGUAAUAGUGGUGGGUGUAUUUUUUCUUAGUGUACGCUGGAUUUGGUACCAAAUGCGCUAUUGAAAGCCUUGUGCCAGUGUGCUUAGUGAUUAGUUGUAAUAGUGUAAGCAGUUGUGUAGAAAGUGUACCAAU